CCCCCAGCGUAGCGAGAGGGAAGUCAUGGUUUUAUUUGCGGCAACCAGCCAUAGCCCGAUAGUUGCCGCAGUGCUCAGAAAUCGCCAUUUUGGUAUCUGGCGUAUGCAGGGCUUUGAUCCGGAUGUUAUUAGACUUUGUAUUCGAAAAAUCUUUUUUGAGGAGAAGAAUGCACAAUGUCUACAGAGACGAGCUUGGAACAUAAUUAUGGUCAGCAGUUAGCAAGACCACUGCAUAUUCAGUCACUAGAACGAGCACUAGCAUUAGAACCACUUCUAGGAUAUGUGGAGAAUCUUUUGACUGAACCUGUUAAAGAGAGUGAUGUUGAAAGCACCGAUACAGAAGUUGAUGUAUUGAGGCCAUGUUUAAAAGAUGAAGAAGGAAACAAAAUUCUCAAUGGCAUAACCAUUACCAAAGCAGAAAGAAAAGCAGACAAAACGCGUCUAUUUAACUUCAGCAGAGUGAAGAGAAGUCGUAAAUGGCUAAAGAAUAUUUUGCUGAGUGACAGUUCAUCGGAUGAAGAUGAAGACAAACCCAUCACUAACGAUGAUUUUCAGAUGAUGUUACAGGUUCAUGAGUUCCAGAGAAAACAUCAGAAACACUUCUACCAAGAUCCUGUUCUUCGCCAGUAUCGGUACUACAGUACGGGUCUACUGUCAAACUAUGAUAAAUAUCCUGAACAUUUCAAAUCUGUUUCCGGUCCCAGGAAGAAAAUUUCCAAAGAACAGAAGAAGUUGGAAAAGAAAGUCAAAGCUAAAUUGAAGAAGCUGAAGAAGGAAAAGCUGUCAGAAAAUGGAGAUGACGAGAGUGUUGGGGAGAUUGAUCCAGCUUUACUGGAGGCUAUCAUACAACGACAGCAUCUGCUGGGUAGAGGAGGCAAGCACAGAAAGUUGACCCCUGAACAAGCUGAUGCCAAAAGAAAGAGGCUGUGGAUUAACAUUGCUAAGAAGGAAAUACCAAAGGCUCAAAAACAAAAGGCCUCUGCUAGGAAAGAAGCAAUGACUACAUUGAAGAAGGUGGCCACCCAGUGUAUGAAGGAAUGUCGUCGUGCUGCCUUGCAGUCGCAGAAGGUAAUGAAAGAAGUUCCCUCCCGAGCCAGGAGAUUGACAAGGGAAAUGCUGCUGUAUUGGAAACGGUUUGAGAAGGUUGAAAAAGAACAUCGUAGAAAAGUCGAGAAGGAAGCUUUGGAACAACGAAAAAUGGAUCUCGAACUGAGAGAGGCUCGUCGACAGCAGCGUAAAAUUAACUUUCUGAUCACGCAGACAGAAGUGUAUGCUCACUUUAUGGCUCGUAAGCUGACUGGAGAGAACGACUUGACACGAAACAAAAUUCUGGGCCAUCUUGAUGAAGACAUGUUAGCAGAGAUUCCUGGAGAUGAUUAUGAUUGUGAAGAAGUUAAGAUGUUGGCUUUGCGCAAUGCUGAAAAAGCAUACACAUCACACCAAAGAAAGACCAAUGCCUUUGAUGACAGCCAAACUGGUAGCUACAGUGGUUGUACUGAUGAUGAAGUGACCAGCGAGGAACGACCCCAGCCUAGCAUCUUCCAGGGAACACUGAAAGGAUACCAGCUGAAGGGUAUGAACUGGCUGGCAAAUCUCUACAACCAAGGCAUCAAUGGCAUUUUAGCAGAUGAGAUGGGUCUAGGUAAAACUAUCCAAAGUCUUGCAUUUCUUGCCCAUCUAGCAGAAUCUCAAAGCAUUUGGGGUCCAUUUCUAGUGAUCGCUCCAGCAUCUACUCUUCAUAACUGGCAACAAGAAAGUGCAAGAUUUGUCUCCAAGUUUAAAAUUGUCCCAUACUGGGGCAAUGCUCAAGACCGGCGGAUUCUGCGAAAGUUCUGGGACCAGCACUGCAUACAUACAGAGGAAGCUUCAUUCCACAUCGUUAUCACAAGCUACCAGCUGGUUAUCCAGGACGUGAAGUAUUUCCAACGCAUCAAAUGGCAAUACAUGAUCCUGGAUGAGGCUCAGGCACUCAAAAGCAGUUCUAGUGUUCGCUGGAAAAUCCUACUGGGGUUCAACUGUAGGAACAGAUUGCUACUGACGGGAACACCUAUUCAAAAUAGCAUGGCUGAGCUGUGGGCUCUUCUUCAUUUUAUUAUGCCAACACUUUUUGACUCCCAUGAUGAGUUCAAUGAAUGGUUUUCAAAAGAUAUUGAAAGUCAUGCCGAGAAGCAGUCUGGAAUCGAUGAAAACCAGCUAUCUCGACUUCAUAUGAUUUUGAAACCGUUCAUGUUGCGGAGAAUCAAGAAGGAUGUGGAGAAUGAGCUGUCUGAUAAGAUUGAGAUUCUUGUUUAUUGCCCCCUGACGACAAGACAGAAACGUCUGUACCAGGCAGUGAAGAACAAGAUCUCAAUAGAGGAUCUGCUUCAGACGGCACUGGCCAACAAUUCACAGGCUCAAACAACAACCAGCAGUCUCAUGAACCUUGUCAUGCAGUUCAGAAAGGUUUGCAACCAUCCUGAUCUGUUUGAGAGAAGAGAACCCCAUUCUGCAUUUUUCAUGAAUCUUGAGCCAUAUAUUGUGCCCAAACACAUUUACCGAAAUGGUAUACUCAGUAGUGCUGUGCCAAGCAAGGCCAAAAUUGUUUAUAAUAUGCUGUACAUACAUUCUCCUGAUCACGUGCAUCGUUCAUUGUUCCCUCGGAGUCAUUCUGAUUCACAUGUAGAUAGUUGUUUCUCAUUCCUUCGUUUCAUCAACAUAUCCCCCGCUGACCUGUAUGCAUACAUGGGAGGUCUGCUUGCUAGAUGGUUGGCUGUCUUUCUGAGGUUGAAAGAAGCAUACAGGAUACAUCACAAUGAAUUCUGGCAUGGCCAUUUGAACAGCAGAUGGUCAGCGUGUAGAAAACUGCUCCUCCAGCCACUGCAUGUCACAUCAUUCCCAAACAUCGACAGUUCUCCCAAUCUACACAAGCUGAUCUUCACGAGCUACACAUCGGAUGUGGUAUCUCACGAGAGUCACGUGAUACACUACAUGAAAGAAACCACUAGUCACCAGCUGAUCCGCCUCAAACACCUGCGACAGGUGGCGCUCCUUAAACGAGCUCAGAUGAGUCCCCCGCAGUCGCCAACCAAGUUUUCUCCAAAGAAAAGUCCCGCAAUAGAAGACAUUUCACUACCCAUCCACCCCCACAAGAGGAGACCACCCCGAGUGAUGCACCUUCAGCCUACGUGUUUGCCAACCUUUGUUAUCAAUAUAUGUCGUGGAGUGCGAGCCCCUCCUCUGAAACAUUACACCUGUGAUCGAAGUGCUGCAUGGACCACAAUGAAGGAAAAACUCUGUGGCUCACUGGAGGCGAGGAAUUCGCUUCUGUUUGGCACUCAGGAGAUUGCCAAUCAUGCACGGUGGGCAUCCUUGUGUUUCACGCCGCCAUUAUUGGGAGGUCUGGCAGCCCACAGUCCUAAACACGGCUUUUCGGGAGUCUCCAUUCCAGAUAAGGAGAGCCUGGUAUCUGAUGCUGGAAAGUUGUCUGUGUUGGACAGCCUUCUUCAACGACUGAAAAAUGAAGGUCACCGAAUUCUCAUCUACUCCCAAAUGACAAGAAUGAUAGAUCUGUUGGAGGAAUACAUGUGGCACAGAAAACACACGUACAUGAGACUCGAUGGCUCAUCUAAGAUUUCUGAUCGCAGAGACAUGGUUGCCGACUUCCAGACGAGAUCAGACAUCUUUGUUUUCCUCCUUAGUACCAGAGCAGGUGGACUUGGGAUUAAUCUAACUGCUGCAGACACGGUUAUCUUCUACGACAGUGACUGGAACCCGACUGUGGACCAGCAGGCAAUGGACCGUGCUCACCGUCUUGGCCAGACCAAGCAGGUCACAGUGUACAGACUGAUCUGUAAGGGGACCAUCGAAGAACGUAUACUGCAGCGGGCCAAGGAGAAGAGUGAGAUCCAAAGAAUGGUAAUAUCAGGAGGAAACUUCCGCCCAGACACGCUCAAGCCAAAGGAAGUUGUGUCUCUCCUCAUUGACGAUGAUGAAAUGGAAACUAAAUUGAAGUUCCGACAGGAUGAAAAAAGAAAGGAUGGAAACAAGGAAGAAAGAAAAAGGAAACGUGAAUAUAAGAAACGAGAGGGGAAGAAGUCGAAAAUUGGUGAAUCAAACAUAACAAUACCUGCCCCAGACACAGAAUCUGUUGCCAGCCACGACUCGUACUCUGUCCCAGCCAGUCCUCAGAGUGUGAUGUCGUUUGGGAGCGAGGCGCUGGUAUUCGGAGCUCAAGAGGACAGUAGCAAUGAUGGCGGACUUGUUAUUGUUGAUGAUGCUCACAACACAUUCCCACCUGUCACAUCAACGCCCAAAUCUCAGGGAAAGCGAGGUCGAAGUAGAGGGCGACCGCGCGGUACCGGUGUAGGGAGGCGGCCCCGGGGGAGGGGCUCGAAGAAGUUGCUGAGUGCUGCAGAGAUACAUGGUGCUCAGGCCGGGAUGAACGCAGCAUAUGCAGCCUACGGUUACAGUUUGCCUUCAGGAUCCAUCGAUUCUCCUUGCCAAUCAGGUUCCUUGCCGACAUCUGGCAGAAACACACCAACGUGAAACUCCACCAUUUAUUGACAAAGUUUUCAACAGUGGAUAGCAUAAAGAGGAUGAAAAUAAACUCAAUAUUUCAUCAACUUGUGUGGAUGUUUGCAUCUUGCUGUUUUGUAACUGUGUGUGAUUCAAAUGAGGUGCUGUGUCAUUACAGAGUAGCAAGGAAUUGUUUGUGAUACGCAUGUUUUUUUACCUCCAAGGGACUAAAAGUUGACUGUGAACAACACUGGAUAAACAUGACAGUUGAUUAACAUUUCUGUACAUACACUGAUGUUUGAUAAAGAAGUACAUACAAUAUGAACAUGACAGUCCAUCAACAUAUAUAUUUAGAUUUAUAAAAAUGUGUGCUUUUGAACCUUUGACUUUUUAUAUGUGUGAAUUCAUGCAAUAGAUCAUUGAAAACCCUUACAAUUCCAUUGGGAAUAAUUGUUUUGCAGUGAUGCCUAAUAGUGUAACAUUAGUAUGACUCGGGCUUCAUAUUUAGGCUUAAGAAAGUUUUCAGUAAAAUAGUACUGAUAUGAUUGUGUGACCAAUGUUUGAAUUUUCCUAUGCACAUACUGUCUUGUCUGAGGUCCACACCUCACUAUGUCCAUGACAUGCUUGCCAAAUCCAGAUGAACAAUGCAGGCAGAUUAAAGAGAAAACUGGUGCAAUUAUGUUUUACGUGUCUUAAAGGUCUAUCCUCAGUUUUCGGCGAUUGUUAAGGUGAUGUCAACCAACAGAGAGUUUUUAAGGACGAUAAUUAUAUAUUAAAUGUAUUUUUUAAAAUAAACUAUUAGUGGAUGUAUAUUAAACAUGUUUCUAAUUGUCCCAGUGUUUGCACUAGGUCAAACUUUAUUUUAUUUCCUAAUAUAUAUUUAUUCGUAUGUGCGAAAUUAUUGGGAUACCAAAUCCAGUUUGGGCUACUUACAAAUAUUAGGACGAUCAAAAAUACUAUGGGCAGAAUUUACAAAACCUGUUUUAGACUUACACAUGUGUAACUACGUACAUUUACUAUGCUUGAACAUAGAAAAAUGGGCUUCGUAAAUUUGCCCCAUUGAAUAUACAGAUAAUGAAAUUCUAUACAAUGAAUUUUUUUAAUUUAAUAUGUAAAUACUAGUCGUUAAAAUAUUUUAUUAGUUGAAAACAUCUUACAAUGCAUCGAACUCAGGGCAGUCCUUUUGCUGAUGAUGGCAGAUAAAAGUCUGCAUUGCUCAUCUACAAAGUAAUUUAAAUGUGUAAGUGGUAAUGAAUUUGGUGAUGGACGCUGAAGACUGAUUUCUGUGUCGAACAAAUAUGCACUACUUUGUGGGUUGUGUUGGUUAUUAUCAGAUAUCUUUGUCAUAAUACACAAACGUAGUUUGGAUUGUUCUUUAGCAAUGGAUGUCGGACAAUAAUGAACUAUGCCUUUACAAAUACAUCCACACACACCACCCCUAUAUUUUUGGACCUAAAUAAUUGUAUAUAAAGUCAGUUGUAUGUCCAAGUUAAAUUCCACAAGUUGUACAAGUGCUAUAUGUAUAUUUUUUUUAAUCGCUGAAUUUUAUACAGUAAUAACAAUAGAUGGCUAAUUAGACAGGAAUGUUGGAAAUUGACAUUUCAUUAAUAAUAUGACUUAUUCUUUGUUAAUUUAAAAACAUUUUUAUUAUGUCAUCUUGUGGUCAAGGUAAUAAAUUUUGUUUUAAUAAA